AUGGCACGAGCAACAAGAAGCUCCGCCAGGGCCGAAGUCGUGCAAGCACCAGCCAUUGGUCACGAGCCAGUACAACUGUCGAGUCCACCAACUACCCCAGAAGCGGGCAACAAGCGAAAGAGGAAAGCAGUCAAGGUCGAGGGGUCGCCAGAUGUGACCUCCAAGAAAGCACCCGUCACACCAAAGAGCACCAAACGCGCUAAGAAGUCGACUGUAAAACAAGAAGAUAUCAACCAACUGCCACACAACUUGGGCGUUAUCCCUGAUCUUCCCGUCAAGAACGAGGAAGACGAGACUAAGGCUUCAGCAAAGAAGCCGAAAAAGUCUGCAAAGACCACCAAGCCAAAGAAAGAGGAAGUCGACGACCUCGUUGCCAAAGCAACUACCACCACCACCGACGCGCCACUAAAGAAGAAGAGUAAAGCCAAGACAGGUGGCUAUGGCCUCACCCCCGGUCAGACACCAUACCCAAACUACCCUCACCCUACAGCCGAAGAAUGCGAAGAAGUUACACGUCUCCUCUCAAAGGUGCAUGGCAAGGUCGAAGCACCGAAAACGAUUCCCGCACCAUCGCUAGAAGUUUCCGGUUGUGGAGAAGUACCAUCUGUCCUCGAUGCUCUCAUUCGAACGCGCCUUUCAGCGGCAACGUCUGGUGCCAAUUCAUCUCGCGCAUUCGCGGGUCUUGUUGCUAAGUUCGGUAUUCUGCAGGAAGGCGUUGGCAAAGGCAGCGUAGACUGGAACAAAGUGCGACAGGCGGACCAGAAGGAAAUAUUCGAGGCAAUCAAGAGCGGUGGACUUGCGGAUGUGAAAAGCAAGGACAUCAAGAAGAUUCUACAAAUGGUCUGGGAAGAAAACCAAGCACGACGCGACGAGCUUCUGUCUUCGUCAGACAAGGCACCAGGUUCUGUAAACGAGACGGAAGGAGAGAAACAUACAGAAGUUGAGAAGGCGGACCAGAACAUCGUCUCGUUGGACCAUCUUCACUCACUUUCCAACGAUGACGCUUUCAACGCACUGACAAAGUACCCGGGUAUCGGUCCGAAGACCGCAUCCUGUGUGCUUCUCUUCUGCCUCCAACGACCCUCCUUUGCAGUCGACACCCACGUCUUCCGUCUUUGUCAAUGGUUGGGCUGGGUACCGCCCCCAGGCGAUCCCGCAGGCCUUGCACCCGGCAAAAAAGGCACUUUCGCUGGCCCAACCCGCAAUUCAACAUAUGCGCAUUGCGAAGUUAGAGUUCCAGAUCACCUAAAGUACCCCCUACAUCAGCUGCUGAUCAAGCACGGAAAGAGCUGCCCUAGGUGUCGGGCGAUAACAGGCGAAAGCAGCGAAGGCUGGGAGGAGGGAUGUCCGAUAGAUCACCUCGUUCAGAGAACUGGUAGUCGAAAGGGUGUUGGAGUCAGCCUGGCCAAGGGAGGAAGCGCAAAGAAGCCCAAGAGUAAGAAGAAGGUUGUGGACGAUUACGAGAGUGACGCUCAGAGUAGCGGAUUGAGCGAUGCUGAGAGCGAUGUGUUAAGUGACGUUGUGAGUGAUGCAGAGGUGGAGCAAUCGGACGAGGAGCAAUCAAUGUCUGAGUGA